UUUGAUUCUUUUUUCCACUCCCCUUCUGCUCUCUUCUCUAUCUCCUCCCACUCUCUUCCUUCAACUGUUCAUCGACGCGUCUAAGCUUUCCAUUCCCUUUCAAAAACUACCACACCUUCCUUUCAAUCACACCAAAACCCUAGUUACUAAUUACUCCAUCUUUAUCUCCUGUUCAUAUUCAUGCUCACUUCUCCUUCCCAUUUCCAAUAUUCCACUCUGUCCGAUCCUCCUCCGCUUCCAUGGACGGCGACAAGGACGCACGCGAUCCGGAACUUACCGGCUUCCCCACCGAGCCGAGCUGGGCCAACGCCUACUUCUUCACCAACGAUCGCGACACCACCGUACUCAGCGAAUUCGGCUGGAAUUUCAGCCCGGACGACCCGAUCGGGGCCGAGGACAGGUCCGAUAUGACGGGAAGCAGCAGUACAACUACUCCUGCUGAACAAGUUCCCGAAAGAAGCAGUAAUACUAGCUCCGACCCUGCCCUCUUGGUCGGAUCUGUCUCGUCAAGCUCCACCGAAGACCCGACGGAGAAGUCUACUGGCUCCGGCAGUACACCACCUCCCGAGACACCGAGUAGCACCACGAAGGUGAAUAAAAAGAAGGGGCAGAAGCGAAUCCGGCAGCCAAGAUUUGCGUUUGUGACUAAGAGUGAAGUUGAUCAUCUCGAGGAUGGCUACCGUUGGCGGAAAUAUGGACAGAAGGCUGUUAAGAAUAGUCCCUAUCCAAGGAGCUACUAUCGUUGCACGAAUAGCAAAUGCACAGUGAAAAAAAGAGUUGAGCGUUCCUCAGAAGAUCCAACGACAGUAAUUACAACGUAUGAAGGGCAGCACUGUCAUCAUACGGUUGCAUUCCCUCGCGGCGGCAGCGGGGGAGUCAAUAUAUAUAGUCAUGACCAAUCCGGCUUUGCCUCAGGAAGCCAGUUAAUGCAGCUUCCUCCAGUCUCGCAGUUCAUGCAUUAUCCAACUUCAAUUCAACCCAGAUCACAAAUUAGUUCGGCUCAAAAUUUGACAGUAGGGCGGUCGCAGUCGCACCGAUUAGCCCCGGCUGGUAGCACUCAUCAUCACCAUCAUGAUGAAACAGCCGGAGGAUCCCAGAGCACUAUUAUUAAUCAAAACCACGAGCGACUCCCAGUAGAACCAGUUCGUACAGAUGAAGGGCUUCUUGGGGACAUUGUUCCUCCAGGAAUGCGCAAUCCGUUUGAUGGAUAAGAUGUACUGGUGCACUUGCCCACUUGAAUUAUCAAGCUUCCAUAUCAUUUUGUUUGAUCAGCUGUCUCCUCGAAUCCUCGUUGCAGUUCAAAUCAUCAUUUUAGCCAAUUGCGCAAGUUGUCCAAUGCAAAAAUCAAAGAACUUCAUGAAGACAUCGAUACACUAUCAGAAAUUAACUAGCUAGUAAAGUAGUACCGUAGUAGGCGAUCAAUUAUCACAGUAGAAGCUAAUUUUUAAUUUCUCUUAUAGCCAGAGUUGAAGAUUCGAAGAAUCCCAGUAUCAUCUCAAGUGGUUGAUCGAUUAGACUACGUGGUCCAAUUCAAGCACCAUCACCUCCAUGCUGUCUAUACAUGUUAAUUACCUAACUAAUUGCAGUAUUUAUUAGUUAAGUAGUUUCACUGUACUUUGAGUCCUGAUCGAGGAUCUGAUAUUUGAUUCAGAUUGUGUACUAUAUCAUUUUUAUCAUCGUGAUAUAGGCCUGUUUGUUGAGUAUAUAAUCAAUAUUAAACAACGUCAUCCAUCUCUAA